GCUUCCCUCUCAACCCUAGCUCUGUUCUCCUUUCCCAGCCCAUCCCGCGCCGCCGCGUCCACACUCUGCAACAUGCUAGAGCUUCAGCGGCCUUGGUUCCUGCCCAUCCCGCACCGGCGCGUCACCGGCCGCCGGCGUCGCGCCCGCGCCGUCAUCGCCUUCAGCUCCCAGUGGAAGAUCCCUGUUCCUCGUAGAUGCGGUGCGGGAGCGGGUACGGUCGUGGAUGUCCUUGGCGUGGGGCGCGGUCUCCGACGCGGCGCACGCGGCGCGGGAGAGGGAUAGGCACAAGGAGGAGCCCGAGGGUGGGAAGAAGAAGCAGCGGCAGGAGGUGGUCUUUGAGGAUCAGGCGCUCGUUGUGGUGCUGGAGGUCACCGUGGAGACACAGGUGCCCCAGGGUUGGCUCUCGUUCGACGCCGUCGUCUCCAUCGAGCAGUUCGCCAGCGAGGUUCAUUGGGAAAUCACUAGAGGUAGCCCUAUCAGAUCCUGCCGUGCUGGGAUCCACCGAGGGCCUCUACUUCGUGGAGCGACACAUAGAUCCAGCAACAAGGAUAUGUGAGAGCAGCAGCAGUUGGAACAGAUGACGAAGUCUGGUCCUAUUUUAAUUCAUGGGAGAAGAAGCUUCAGCGUGCUCCUCUCUUGAAACAAAGUUAAACUUCUGUCCGUUUGUAUGGCAGGUUCUUUUAUGCAUCAAGUGUCUGUGCUGCUGUGCCUACAUCUACUUUGAAUUUAAGCAGUUGGAAACUGAUUGGCAGCUGGAAACUGUACUUAGAGGAGCCAAAUACUGAUAGCGAGGAUUUGAUAAUUGCCAUAUAAUGCAGAUUCUUGAAUUGUAAGACUGGUGAUUUAGAGAUAAUAUUAUGUGAUGUAUGGGCUGAUUUCUGUGAUGUAUGAGUUGUAUUGGUUGAAUUCUGUGAUGUAUGGGUUGUAUUGCCUAAAUUUAGUGAGCUGGAAAAAUAGAUGGACUGAAAUUGUAGUGCUGAAAAAUUGAAUGGGCUGCAAUUAAUAAAAUGGAUAUGGGCAAGAAAAAAGAAAAAA